UGCGUCCUAGACAUUUUCUCGUAGCGACAACCAAACUUCUAGCGAAUGUCAACUGGCCGGCCAUGAUAAAAUCAAGACCAUUCUCAUAGCCAUGCUUUACGAAUUGAUAGCAGUGGUCCGCCCGGGCAACCUCGCCCAAGUGAAAGAAAUCGCCCGUAUCUGCGGCCAACAGAUCGUCGACAACAGAGGCGUGAUCCGGGGCAUCAAGAACUGGGGCCAAUUCGACCUGCCCCGGCCGACCGUGAAACACCAAACCCAGCACCACCAGGGCCACUACUUCGUCAUGCAAUUCGAUGGCAGCAUCAAAGUCCAGACCGAAGUCCGCCGGCUGCUGGGCCUCGACCCGCGCAUGAUCCGCUUCUCCGUUGUCAAGAUCGGCGACAAGCUCGGCGGCGUCAACGGCGCCAUCGAGGAGAUCACCGGCCAUAUUCCCUGGAACUCGAACCCGGAUAACGAAGUCCCACGCGAUACCUUUGAGGAUUCAAACGUCGCGAUGCCCGCCUGGCUCCUAGGCCGGAAAUAAAACCAACAAGCCACAAGAAGACGAGAAAAGAGCCGGAUUGAUGAGCGUGCGUGGGACACCAAAAGGUUCUAUGCUAGGAUGCGAGAGGAGCAUUCAAGCCAUCAAUCAUGGUCUACACAACUGCACCGUAACGCCCGCUGCCAGUGAACUAUACGUGGUAUCUCAUAGCACUCAAAACAAACUCCAUUUCCCUCUCUCCUUGGCCACCGGCGGUACUUUGGCAUGCUGCUUUGCCCGGCCUUCCAGUUGACGCAGACUUUCAAUCUUCUCCAGAACCAUCUCCAGCAUCUCUUUGCGUCGGAUCACAUCGAGAUGCUUGCGGACUCGGGGAUCCUCACGGGCGAACCUCUCGAUCUCGGCAUGGUCCAGAUGCCGACCGAGUCGGAUGUCCAACUCUCGGGGGAAAUUGUAGUAGAACUCGGAAAGGAGCUCGACGUUGAGGAAGAGCACCGCCGUGGAUGUCAGUUUAUCGGCCACCACAUCGAGAAACACCUCCGGACAAUAAUAUUUGUUCUUGAGGUUGGCGCAUUGCUUGGACUUGACAGCCGUGAGACGCAUCUUGAUGAUAUCGCCUCGGUCGCGGAGGAAGACGGCUUCUCGACCUGUAUAACUAGUUAGACCCAAAAUCCAAGACGUGUACAUUGCGAUCUGGGACUUACCCUUCUGCAAGAGCGCCGCUGAAAAGCCACCGGCUCCGCCCGACCCGUC